AUGGCCGGCAUCGGAUUAUGGGGUGCCUGCAAGGAGUCACGGGACAUCAUGGAAAAGACCACGGAUCGAUCGAAGAAAGCCCUCGAAAGGGAUGCAAAAAGUGAAUAUCUGUUCUUCAAAUAUGAGAAAAGGUUGCCCGCCAUUGGCCGUUGCAGCACUUCACAGCUAUUUAUGGUUCAACCCCAGGCAGAUCACUUUGUGCUUCAGCCCACCAAAAUCGAGAACAUCAACCGGCCCCAGGUCGCCCGUGACAUUCGAAAAGAUCUGAAUCCCGGUGGCUUCCCAUUCGAUAUUAAUAUUGGGAUUGAAUUCAACCCCGAAUGGGAAUCAAGUUGCAUAAGGACAUUCUUGACAGAUUUCAAUGUAAUGUGUGAUGCUUUUCGCGAUAUCAGAGCGCAGUUAUGGGUAAUCGACCACAACCUUAAGAGCAAAGAACCUAUUCCGAAAGGAGGCUCUCCCGACGACUGUAGUUUCCACGUACAGGACAGGAAGUUCUUCGAGGUCGACUACCGAUGGGACCCGCUCCGAGAGUGGUGA